AUGUAUGAACCAAAUUUUAAUGAUAUACCCGAUGAUAAUGAAGAUAAUGAAAUUGUUAAUGAAGAUAUACCAGAAGAUACAACAACAGCGUAUAUAUCUCCAAAUAGUUCACGACCUACAAUUCAUUGGGGUCCCAUUGUUGAUGGUGAUAUAAAUGGUAAAGAAGAAAUCAAUACAGAUACAGAUCAUUUUGAUGCAUUAUUUGCACGUUCAAAUGCAUCAUCACCACCUCCAACUCAUCCUCGUUGUUACAGUUCAUGUUCACCAGCUACAGCUCCAUCUUUAUUACCAACAAAUACAUCAACACAUCUUUAUGCACGAUCGCAUCCAUUAUUAUCAUCUUCACCUUCAACGAAGCGAAAACAAUCACAAGAUGCAGCAGCAGCAGCACUUAAUACAAAUCAUCGACAAUCUAUAUCAUCAUCACCUCCGAAAACUCAACCAAUAAAUGGUAAUUCAGCUCGUACUAAACGUAAAAAUUUCUCUUUAACACAUACAGCGCAAACAUUUCUUCAAGCAUCCAAUAGUCAAAAUGAACCGCUAGAACCAUUAGCACGAUCAUGUUCCUAUAAACGUCCGCAAUCAAUAAAGAAAUAUCGUCAGAAGAAAGAAAAAGAACAGCAACGACAACAACAAGAUUUUCCCGCACGCAAAUAUAGCACAACAGCAGUACCACAGAACAAUUAUGUUUCUCAUACAGUUACAUCUGAUUCUUCUCGCAAGUCAAUUACAGCUCUAACACCAAGAAUUUCUGCUGCUGAUACAAUGACAACAGACGAUUCACAAGAUCAAUGGUCAACACAAAAUGCUCAAAGAUCAGAACGAAUAGGUUCAUUAACGCUUGAUCAAUUACAAUUACCAACUGAUGGUGGUGAAGAAAUUUAUCUUGUAAGACAAUUUAAUACAACAUCGAAAGGAUUUAUUAAUCGAGGAGAUUCAUUUAAACGUUCAUUUAAACGUAGUGGUUCAAUAAGUCGACGUAGUUCAUUUCGAGCUAAUUCAAAUAUGACAACAAAUGAUCGUACAUCAUCUCCUGAACAUGAUCUAAAUACUUCUCCAACAUCGGCAAAAGAAAUACGUACGAGUACACAUUCAUUAUCGAAUUCUGUUGGAAUUAAUCUUAAUGGAAUACUCGAUACUCACUAUAUCGAUAAUAAUCUAUCACCAUUAAUGGUUCCUUUACAAGAUCAAAUCGAAAAUGAUGAGGAUGAUGAUGAACAACUUGUCGAACGUAUUCAAACAGAAGAUGGUCGUGUACAAGAUGUACAUGUUUAUCAAGUUUAUUUACUUGGUAUGAGUGGUACAGGAAAAUGUUCACUUAUGCGACAAUUUAAAUCGACGGAAUACAGAGGAAUAUAUGAUUAUUCAAGUUCUCUCGAUGAUGAUCCAGACAAUACCGUACCAAUAAUGCUUGAUGGUAUUGAAUCACGUUUACAUAUCAUAACUAUUGAUGUUGAACAAAUAAAAACAAGUGUUACAGGUGAUGCUUAUAUUGUAGUUUAUUCAAUAACAGAUCGUCAAUCAUUUCAAACAGCAUUACAAUUAAUAAAAAAUAUUCGUGAUACUGAAUCAUUUCAUAAUCAAUCAUCGAUAAAACGUCAUAUACCAAUUAUUUUAGUUGGAAAUAAAUCUGAUCUUGUACGAAAACGUUCUGUAACAAAAGAAACUGCUCGUCAUGCAGCUUUGAAAGCUAAUUGCAAAUUUGUUGAAACAUCAGCUGCAAUCAAUGAUAAAGUUGAUGAUUUAUUAGCUGGUACAUUGAAACAAAUUCGUAUAAAUGAACAAAUUCGAAAUGAACAAAAACGACGUUUAACAAUAACAAAUGGAAGUAUUGAUACAAAUGAUUCUGAAAUGCCUAUAUUACCUAAUCUAUCACAACGAAAAGGUUCAACAACAAAUAAUCGAAGUUCGAAAAAUGUUUUUUCAAAAUUUUUAAAUGUUUUUCGAAAAAAACCAUCAAGAUUACCAUCGGAUGUAGAAAAUUUAAAUACGGCUAAUUGA